AUGGCUACGGCCGAAAUCCCCCCUGCAUUAAUUACUGCUCCAUAUUAUCUCCCACCGCCCGACGGUGCUCGCGCAUACAAGAAUAUCAAUGAUAGAACUGACCAUAACUAUAUCCGACACAACGUUACCGUUGGAAUCGAGAACAUUCGCGGCAAAGAGCAUCAGUAUCUUCUCGACAAGGCCGGUUUCCAGUACUUCCAACACGCAUCCAAACACACGGCCUUCGGCUGCGACGACGAUGUUAUCCAAGAAUACUAUCCCGAAAGCGAGGAGCUGUACAAGAAACUCACGGGCGCGACGAAGGUCUUCAUCUUUGAUCAUACCAUUCGCAGACAUCAUCCGGGAGACACGGAAGAGUCUCCAAUGAAGCGCCAGCCGGUGUUUAAUGUCCACAUCGACCAAACACCGGCAGCAGCUAGAGCUCGGGUGUUUCGUCAUUUACCAGAGAGCGAAGCGCGGGAGCUUGUCAAGCACCGAUUCCAGAUACUCAAUUUGUGGCGUCCGAUCGAUAACCCAGCAUUAGAUACGCCGCUUGGAUUCAUUGAUUCCAGCACAGUCGAUGAGAAGAUUGACUUGUUCCCGAUGACGCUCAAGUUUCCUGGAGGGCCUGGGGAGACCUAUGCUGUAAAGUGGAAUGCGAGACAUAAAUGGGUCUACUUGAGAGGAAUGACCCCCGAGGAGGUAGUGAUAUUCAAGUGCUUCGACUCGACCAAGGAUGAGGCGAAGGUAACAUUCAAUGCGCACAGUUCGUUCGUGGAUCCUAAUACGCCAGAGAGAUCUCCUUUGCGGCAGUCCAUUGAGCUCAGAGCUUUGGUCUUCUAUGAUGAAUAA